CAGAUCUGUUCACACCGACUAGCAGGGCUGCCUGCGUCAAUAAAAGGCGGUAGCAGAGUCAGUGAACUGACAUUUGGUGCUUGGAGGAUUAUUGUUGCAAGUCGCUUCACAUUAAAGUUAAGUAAAAUGCCAGGAUUCUUUUUUCACCACAACAACAUGACUGAAUUAAAUGGAAAAGAAGAUUGCAAGCUUGCAGAAGGCAAAAUCCAUAAGAAGAAGCAAAAGGCUUUUGGUGCAGAUCUCAAAAAUUAUUUGAAGUCCAUGGUACCACAUAUUGAAUCUGGGAUCAAGACUUCUAACUCCAGAAAUGUCAUGCUUUCUGCAGAGGAAGUAAUACAGUGGUCCCAGUCUUUGGAAAAGCUCUUGGCCAGCCAAAGUGGACAAGGUGUCUUUCGGGAAUUCCUGAAGUCAGAGUUCAGCGAGGAAAAUAUCGAGUUCUGGUUGGCUUGUGAGGAUUACAAGAAAACCAAGUCUGAUCACUUACAUGGCAAAGCAGAAAGGAUUUAUGAGGAGUUUGUUCAGUCAGAUGCUGUUAAACAGAUCAAUAUUGACUAUCAGAUGAGGGAAGCAACAGCCAAAAAGGCGCAAGACCCAACUCACACGAGUUUUGAUGAAGCCCAGAGAACUGUGUACAUCCUCAUGGAAAGGGAUUCAUAUCCCAGAUUUUUGAAAUCCAAAGCAUACCUGAACCUUUUGAACCAGCUGCAAACCAACACUUCAAAAUGAAGCGUUUGAGGCAGUGAAGAGACAAAUAUCCUGUGGAGAGAUCCUUCAGGGUGGUUGGACCUCAGCAAGAAGAACCCCUGCUUUGGAAGGAGGGCUAUGAGGGAGAUGCAAGCAGCUCCACAGCCAAGAGAACACAGGAUAAAAGCCGGCAAGACUGUUACAAGGGUGAGAGAAGCAGGGGGAGAAAAAUCUUCUCCUCCCAUACGCCAUGGAGUCAAGACAGGGUAUGGAUACUAUUUAUUGUUUGAACUACACUGUGAACAUUGAACCAAGUCUUAGAUCCCAAAGAACUGCUGAUUAUUAGGAAGUGCAAGACUGGCAAGCUGAAUGCUGGAAAAAGAUUAUCAAGUUCAGAAGAAAAAUAAGGAUGACUGACUUUUUUUGCAUAACAAGAGAAUGCCCAGAAAAGACUGAUUAAUGCCUUUUUUAAUCUGUGAAGUGUUAAUAAGUGUGACUGCAGCUCCGUGAUGCUAUUAUGCUAUGUAAAUAUAUUAUAAGUUGACAUAUUUUAAAUUAUAUAAGAAUUGUAUAAGCUGUAUUUUUACUAAGUUUGUAUUCAACAGUCAGGUAUGUAGCAUCUUUUCUGUUUAAUUUAUUGCAAAAUAAAAAAGCAACUCUUCAAAUCUACUUAAAAA